CUAUUUCAGCAUGGCUGCGUUCGACGACUGGGGUAAACCCGGCAAUUCUACAGGCGACCAGUGGAAUGACGCCACCGCCAAUGGAAAUUGGAAUGGCAACGGCGGUGAUUUUGGUGGAGGAGCUACCACGUCCUUCGACAAUGGUGGCACCCAUGGUUUUGAUGCGCCCACAGGCGGCGACGAUGCUCGAGACGGAGGAGGAGGUGGCGGUGGUGCCUGCUACAACUGUGGCCAAGACGGGUAAGUUAAUUUUCGAAAGGUAAAUGAAUGAUACCUACUCAUCUCACUGUUUAGUCACAAUAAAGCCGACUGUCCUAAUCCCCGUGUUAUGAAAUGCCGACAUUGCAACGAAGAAGGACAUGCUGUUCGUGACUGCCCUACAGCACCACCUCGUGAAUUCACUGGCGAGUGCCACCACUGCCACAAGGAAGGUCAUAUGGCGAAGGAUUGCCCCGAGAAGCCUGCUGAAGUGUGCAGAAAUUGUCAACAGGAAGGUAAGUAUUAUUAAUAAAUAUGUAUAUGAUAUGGUCUUCGCUGACAAAUUGAUGUUACCAGGCCAUACGGUCAUUGACUGCAAGAACCCACGAAAGAUUGACCGUUCCCAUGUUGCAGAGGUGAAUUCUGAAAUUGCAUGGGAAAAGAUCAUCCAGGGAGCUCGGGAGAGGGACAUGGAUGAUGUCAAAGAAGCUAUCCAGGAAUAUAUCAAAGCCUGCCCCGAUUUGACCUAUGUCGAAUUGGAGUCCGCUUUUCGUUCUCAGAGUAUCGAAGUAUACCUUAUUGCCUUGGAGAGCCAGGCUAUGAUGGCUUCUUUGACGAACAUGGAUCUCCAGGGCAAUCUGGAUAAGAAGUAUCGGGUUAACUAUCGAUUUAGUAAGAACCCAGCUCGUCCUCGUGAGCGAGAGCUGUGGCCUAGUGACGAUAAGGAGAAUUUGUCACGAUUGGAAGAUGCUGGUGAGCCUGUCAACCGUGGCCUCAGCAAAUGCAGCAAUUGCAGUGAGCUCGGCCAUAUCUUCAAAAACUGCCCACAAGAGAAGAUUGAAAAGGAGCGGGUCGUCAUCAUGUGUUACAAUUGCAACGAACCUGGACAUCGUAUUCGUGACUGUGAGUAUAUGAAUGCCAAUAGAUCCAACUCAGCGGCUAACAUCUCCUAGGCCCUCAGGAACGUGUCGACAAGUUUGCCUGCAAAAAUUGCGGGUAUGUUUUUUUCGACCUCCGGCUCUACUUUGUGAUCUAGCAACGGAAUACUAAUGAAUGCUGGGAUAUAGCAAAGGUGGACACAAGGCAGCUGAUUGUCAGUGGUCCCGUGCAUUAAAGUUCUCUAUCGCGAACGACGUACUAACAGCUUAAUAGGUCCCGAACCUCGUGUCGCAGGAGACGACGUAGAAUGUC